GGUUAAGAAAGGUUAGACGUUGAUGAGAAACCGGUAGCCGGAUCUAGUCCUCUAAAUAAAGUAACCUCUCGUUCCUUAGGUCAGUUCAUAAAACGAUGCCUAACUGAACUGUGCUUGUGGUGAGAAAGGGUAAAAGAGAAAGGACAGCAGUUGGGGCCAGAGAUUUUCAGCUCAAGCGAUCUUCUCCGGUACGCCUACUUAUCGGACUGGAAGCAGACGCUCCAGAUGAUGAAGUGCUUCGACUUGUUGAGUGUUUUGUUGGUGGUGACGCUGUUUGCCUCGGUGGCCCCCGCCGUUCUGUCACGUGACAAUGUUCUGACAGCUCUGGGUUUGUCCAAGGAGAAGGGAGACAUCUCCUGGGAGAACCACCUUGACCAGGGUGUGGUUCAGUCGACUGACGAUGGGGACGAUGACGAAGACUCUAACGAUGACGACUUGGCGAUUCUUGACGCCUUGAGGCAGAUUGUGUCCGAGAAGGAAGAAGAUGAACUCCUGGAACAGUUGGAAAACCAGCUUGCAAAUCUAGAUGGAGAGACGGACAACGGCGAAGAUGUUUUGCCCAAGCACCGAACCGCCCGCUCUACAAGGUCAAGGACUAGCUCAAGAACAAGUAGCUCCAGAACAAGACAACGGUCAAGAUCAAGAUCAAGAUCAAGAGACAGGAGGCGAGAUAGAUCUAGAAGCAGAGACAGAGCCAGAGAUAGAGCCAGGGAUAGAACCAGAGAAAGAAGCAGAGAAAGAAACAGGGACCGAUCGAGGACAAGCACCAGAUACAGGUCACCAUUGAGAGAAAGGCUGCAUUCACGUUCUGAGCUACGGUACCAGGUCAGGGGAAGGUCUGGGCUAAUAUCUCGUCAGGGGAUGAGGAUUAGAGACACACAACGUGUGACCAACGUCCUGGAGCCUGCUACUACAGGAGCCCUCAGCGAAAACGCUCAAGGUCGCUUGACUCAACAGUACCAUAAGAACGGGAAUUUCCAAACCGCCUUGAACGACUUCAACGCCAUGCAACCCUCUAACAUUAGGGAAGUAACAAAUCCGACAAACGGUAUUCGUAACCGAAUAGGCACUCUGCCUGACGGGAGGACGGUCAUUGCACGAGAUGGCAGUUCAGGCGAAGGUCACCCCACUCUUGAGAUCCAGGACUACACGGACAGUUCAAGACGAAACCAGUACUACAUAAAAGUUAGGUACAACUCUGGCGGUUCAAAUACAGGAGGAGCCUAGUUGGCAGCCAAGAGUUGAUCGGUGUGAACACUUUUAGUUUUAAUACGAGUUUUUACGCCGCUUGGAAGAAAAAUAGGUCAUGAUUACAGGUGUUGCUAAAAAGUAACAUACAAAGAAAAGAAGGGUCCGAGGACAGAUGAGGACGAUAGAUGUAAGAAGGGGCAAACCACACCAGACUACAGGACAACCAAAGAUGGUGAUUUAUUGCAUGGAUUACGUAGUAUAAAAACAGAACUAGACUUCCAGGUGUUCGUCGGUGUGUUGCAGUGGUCUUUUAGUUACACACAAACACACACACACACACAAAUACACACACACACACACACACACACACACACACACACACAUUCACGCACACACACACACACACUCACACACUUUAACCAUAACCACUGGACAAAGCAAAAACUGUAAAACCCUACAGUUCUGUGAACUUACAAGACAAUAAUUAACUGACUGAAAUCCACUCAAGCUCAUUUAUGACCUUACGCUGUUUCUUCUGCCAUAACAUUUUUCCACACUGGCGUGAAAGAGGCACUUUAUAGGGAAAUUCAGUCUGUGUCAUACUGUAAAGAUUGCGAGCAGUAGCCUUUCGCUCCUGUCAGAAAUGUUCAUCCGUAUAUUAUGAUUAAAGUGUUCUUUGAAACUGCAA